GGUUACGUGCGGGUGACGUGGCGGCUCCUACUCUGGUCUGGUUUCGGCGGCUCAAGCGCAGGGUGAGGCGGCGGUGUCGGCCCCGGGGACUGGCAGUGGCCGAGGUGGUAGGCGGCAGAGGAGUCCGAGGUUAUGCGACUCAAUGAUCCCGCGGAAACGCUACGGAUCUAAGAACACGGAUCAGGGUGUCUACCUGGGUCUUUCAAAGACACAGGUUCUGUCCCCUGCAUCUGCUGGCAUAAGCAGCAGCGACAUCGCCCCUCUGCCCCCCCCAGUGGCCCUGGUCCCUCCUCCUCCCGACACCAUGUCCUGCCGAGAUCGUACCCAGGAGUUCCUGUCUGCCUGCAAGUCACUCCAGAGCCGCCAGAAUGGAAUCCAGACAAAUAAGCCAGCUUUACGUGCUGCCCGGCAACGCAGUGAAUUCACCCUCAUGGCCAAGCGCAUUGGGAAAGACCUCAGCAAUACAUUUGCCAAGCUGGAGAAGCUGACAAUCUUGGCAAAGCGCAAGUCCCUCUUUGAUGAUAAAGCAGUGGAAAUUGAGGAGUUAACAUAUAUCAUCAAACAGGACAUCAAUAGCCUCAACAAACAAAUUGCUCAGCUUCAAGAUUUUGUGAGGGCCAAGGGCAGCCAGAGUGGCCGACACCUACAGACCCACUCCAAUACCAUUGUAGUCUCUUUGCAGUCAAAACUGGCUUCUAUGUCCAAUGACUUUAAAUCAGUUUUAGAAGUGAGGACAGAGAACCUGAAGCAGCAGAGAAAUCGGCGGGAGCAGUUUUCCCGGGCACCAGUGUCGGCGCUGCCCCUUGCUCCCAACCACCUAGGAGGUGGUCCUGUAGUUUUGGGAGCAGAGUCUCAUGCCUCUAGGGAUGUGACCAUCGACAUGAUGGAUUCUCGAACCAGCCAGCAGCUGCAGCUUAUUGAUGAGCAGGAUUCUUAUAUCCAGAGUCGGGCAGACACAAUGCAAAACAUCGAGUCUACAAUAGUUGAACUUGGCUCCAUCUUUCAGCAGUUGGCACAUAUGGUUAAGGAACAAGAAGAAACAAUUCAGAGGAUUGACGAGAAUGUGCUUGGAGCUCAGCUGGAUGUUGAAGCUGCCCAUUCAGAGAUCCUUAAGUACUUCCAGUCGGUCACCUCGAACCGGUGGCUUAUGGUCAAAAUCUUCCUCAUCCUCAUUGUCUUUUUCAUCAUUUUUGUGGUCUUCCUUGCCUGAAUCCUCUCCACUUUCAGGCACUCCACAGGAGUUUGGAACCCUCCUGGGAGGGCAGGUGGCCAGUGCUGCCAUUGAGCCUAUGCAGGGUGCUUGGGAGAAAGGCUAUUUUCUUGGAACUGCUAAGAAUGGCCAGUGUUCCUGAUCCCCCACUUUUGCCUUUGGCCACUGUGUCGUACCCUCAGGCCCUUGAAACAUACCCAUUCUGGAUUUGGACUUUGCUGUGAAGUGUCUGGAAGGAAGCAGAAGCAUGGGGAAGGUUGUCUCAACCAAAUUUUUAUAUAAACUCAACCAGCCUCUCCCAAAUGGAACUUUGGCAGCAAGGAGAGAUGUCCCUCCUACCUUCCUAAAAUGAGGAGAGGAAACAAAACUGUCCUAGGGACCACCUAUCCCAUCUGGGUUAGAACUUGACCUCCUCUUCACCAUGUGAGUUGGGGUGGGGCGGGGCUCUGAGCCCUUCAGUUGCCUGCACAGUUCCUGACUUUGGCUCCUGGUGACUUGAUCUGCAAAUGGGCUGCAGCAGGUUUCCUUCCAAUUACAGCAAGACUGUCAGCCUCA